AUGGCAGACGAUGAUAACUUCGACAUUGACAUCUAUGGCGAUGGCGGUGGUUACAAUACCAAUGAGCAUGUUGACAUCAAGCAAGAGGGCGAGGACCCUGAUUUGGUGUUAGAUGAGCCGCAGCAAACAUCGCAGCCUGAAAAUAGUGGGAACCAAAAUGGAGCGCCCGCUGAGGCGGACUCCCACAUCGACUCCAAGCCCGUCCCCUCACUUAAUGGGGACUACAAAAUGCCACCUCAACAGAGCACUCCUAAUGAUGUCCCAGCAGCUCCACAUGGUGUCAAACGAAAAGAAUUCGAUGACCGCCAGGCAGACUCUGAUGCCACAACUGCCUUACUUAUUUCAGACUUAUCCUGGUGGACAACAGACGAUGAUGUUCGCGGCUGGGUGAACCAGGCCAACAGUGAAGAUGAGCUGAAGGAUGUCACUUUCAGUGAGCACAAGGUGAAUGGAAAAAGCAAAGGACAAGCCUUUGUGGAAUUGACCACCCCCCAGGCUGCAACAGCCACUAAGCAGCAAAUCGAGAGCUUCAGUGCCAGCGGCCGCAAAUACAUGGUUCACUACACAAAUCCCCACUCCAACCCAUUCCGUACACUCCCCAAGGAUGCCCCGAUGCGCAAGGAUAACAACCGUGGUGGCAUGUCCAACAACUACAAUGCUGGUAACCAGAAUGCGAACUUUGGCGGCGGUGGCGGCGGCGGUGGUGGUAUGGGUAUGAACGCAGGUGGCGGCGGCUUCCGUGGACGGGGAGGAUACAAUAAUAACCGUGGGAUGGGAGGCAAUAUGGGCAACUUCAACAACCGCGGCAACUUUAACAAUAACAUGGGAGGUGGUUUCCAAUCUGGCGGCGGUCCUGGCAUGAUGGGAGGUUUCCAGGGUGGUGGCAUGGGCAUGCCAAAUUACGGCUUCAACAACCGGGGCGGCAUGAUGGGUGGAAUGCGCGGUGGACCUGGUGGCAUGCGUGGUGGCCGUGGUGGAGGUAAUAUGGGAGGCAUGAACCCUAUGGCCGGUGGAAUGGGCAUGAAUGCUAUGGCUGGGGGCAUGGGAAUGAACCCAAUGGGUGGUGGCAUGAACCCUAUGAUGGGUGGAAUGGGUGGAAACAUGGGUAUGCAGGGUCAAGGAUUCCAAGGACCGAACCCAGCUUUUAAUCAGGGCUUCUUCAACAACCAAGGAAGCGGCGGCGAUGCAUCUUGGAACCCACACGGCGCAAAGCGAAGUCGACAAGAGUAA